AUGGCCACCGGCGCCGCACGACGGAUGAUGUCGAGAAGAGCGGAUCUGGAGGGGAAGACGAUGCUGGAAGCCAAUCUCUUCCGGCGCUUCCUCAUCACGGACCGCUUCAGGAGCUUGAGGAGCUUGAGGGAGAAAGUCCAGGCCAUGAUGGACACUCUCUGCCCCUGCGGGCUGGAAUAG